AUGAACGGCUAUCGAGUCGAAUGGAUGCCCAAGAGUUUCAGCUCGACCAUCGUGGCGGCCACGGUCGUCAAGAUUGUCAACACCGACCAGGACACGACGAGACUGUCGAACAUCUACAAUGAGAUCCCAGCGGGGUAUACUGUGUCCACGAACACGAAUACCCAGGGAAUGCAGACCCUCCUGCUAACAUACUACCGCACGGGCAAGACACUGACCAGUACCAUUGCCUUCCCUACCCAGUUCAACGCCAACCCCGACGAGUACUUCUGGACGGGCGUGUUGCCGACGGUGGACGCAGCGGGCGUGUCUGUCUGCUCGACCGCUCCCACGUCCGGCCUCGGCACGACGGUGAGCGUGGAUUACUGGUCCCAGGAUUCGAUGUUCACGACGCCCACGUACACGUGCGGCCCUGAUCCCGGGGGACUUCUGUUCACGACGUCCCACGUGGAGCUGGAAUCGCGAUUCACGACGUACAAGACGGCGUUUCUGGACGAGGCUGCCUUAUAG